GUUGGACUAGGUUUCUGGUUCAUCACUGUUUUUAUAUAAAAAGUCAAAACAAUAUUGUUUCAUCAGAAAGUUAAUUGUUUAUAAAAAAUUUUGUGGAUAUAAACAAGUUAUUAAAAAUGUCAUUUUUCAUAUAAUUAUAACAAAUAAUUGGUGAAAAAAUAGUGAAGAAUUUUCAUCAAAAUGCCUGGAAAAAUAAAAGUAAAAAUAUUAGCUGGACGUAAUUUACCAGUUAUGGAUCGUUCCAGUGAUACAACAGAUGCAUAUGUUGAAAUUAAAUUUGCAAAUACAACAUAUAAAACAGAUGUUUGUCGUAAAACAUUACAUCCACAAUGGAAUUCUGAAUGGUACAGAUUUGAAGUUGAUGAUGCUGAACUUCAAGAUGAACCAUUACAAAUACGUUUAAUGGAUCAUGAUACAUAUUCAGCAAAUGAUGCUAUUGGAAAAGUUUAUUUAAAUUUAAAUCCACUUUUAUUACCUGGUUUACCACUUACUGUUAAAAAUAUAUGGACACUUGAAGCAACAAUGAACUCGAGUACUGGAUCACAAGGAGGAUCUGUGAUGACUGGAUGGAUUCCAGUUUAUGACACAAUGCAUGGAAUUCGUGGUGAAGUUAAUAUCAUUGUUAAAGUUGAAUUAUUUUCUGAUUUUAAUAAAUUCAGACAGUCAUCUUGUGGUGUACAAUUUUACUAUUCACCAAAUGUACCAUAUGGAUAUCAUGCUCAAGUAAUUCAUGGAUUUGUUGAAGAAUUAAUUGUCAGUGAUGAUCCAGAAUACAAAUGGAUUGAUAAAAUAAGAACACCAAGAGCAUCAAAUGAAGCUAGACAAACACAAUUUCUCAAAUUAAGUGGUGAAGUUCAAAGAAAAAUUGGAUUAAAAGCCUUGGAUCUCGGUGGAAAUGCAGUUAUUGGCUAUGUACAAAAUUUUGAUUUAGAAGGUGAAUCAGGAAUAGUAGCACGUGGAAUUGGUACAGCAGUAACUCUAAUAAAACUUCAAGAUACAACAAAUUUUCAACCAGAUAAUCAAAGCUUUGAAGACUUUAAUAUUUUAUCAAAAUUUAAAAAUCGUAUUGAGUUGUCAGAGAGUGAUGAUAGCUUACCACUUUUAUCUCGUUCCCCAAGUCGUAGUCCUGUUGUAUCACAUCAAUCACUCAUAGCCACUCAUUCAACUAAAAUUGGUAAUAAAUUUCCAAGAUAUGAUAGAACUAAAAAAUCAGUAAGACCAAUUGUUAGAUUAUCUGAGUAUGGAUCAAAUAGUAUGAGACGUCAAAUGUCAUUGCAACAUAGUCCACGAACAAAUUUAAAAAAAGUUAGUGCAAUGUCAACACAAUCAUUAUCGGAUAAUUUAAUAUGUGAAUCAUCAUUAAAAACAAUGCUUGCACUUGAAGAUAUGCGUGGUGAACGUACAUCAGCAUUUUCACGUGGUUUAAAAAAUUUAAAAUAUCUACCAAAACGAAUGAUACAAAUGAAAACAAAAAUAUCUGAUUCUUUUGAUGAUGAAAGUGAUCAAGAUAGUAUUUAUUCAAGUACUUGGUCAAUUGGUGGUUCAGAUUCAACUCGUUCAUCUAUCAAUGAUCCAAUACAAUCAUUGAGAAAAAAAAAAUUUACACAUAAAAAAAAUGAAGGUGGUAUUGCUGCGUUAUUAAUACGUUCAGUUCAUGCUAAUUUUCCACUUGACAGUGUUCUUGAAGAUCGUGAAACACCAACACCAUCACCAGUUAAUUUUAUAAAUGAUUUUCAAGAUAUUAAUGAUGCUUCAUUACGUAAAAUUACAGACAAUGAAAAAGAUUUAAAUAAUGAUUUAAAAAUAAAAAAUAAAAAAUUUGAUUUUGAAAAUAAACGUAUACCAAUGAUUUCAUCAUCUGAGAGUGAUACAUCAACUUCAGAUGAUGACGAUGAUGAUGAUGAACCAUCUGAAUCAAGUACAAAUUAUAAUAUUCUUGAUGAUUCAUUAUCUGGUAUUGAUUUGAGUUCAUUGUCAAGUGAUAAAUCAUUUAUUAAACCACAAAAAAAUGAUGAAAUUAUUAAACAAAAUAUUUCAUUAGAUCAAGAAAAUAAUAUUCAUUCAACAAUUUUGAUAGAUAAGGUACAUCAAGGUACAUCAAGUGAGACUGAUGAUUUAAAUUUAAUAAAAAAUAUACCAAUUUGUCGUGAUGAUUCAAUUCCAGAAGGAAUAAUAUUAGAUUAUGAUUCAGCAACUGAUGAAUCAUUUGUUCCUUUAAUUUCAUCACUAUCAUCAACAUCAGAUAAUAUAUUAAAUCAAUCAUCAAGUUUAAAAUUAAAAUAUCUUAUUAAACAAAAUAGUUUUGAUGUCAGUGAUGAUCCUGGUUUUUUAAUAACCAGUACACCAACUGAAACAACUGAAGAACCAAAAUUCCCAUCAACUCAAACAACAAAUUUAAUUAACGAUAAUGAUCAUGUUGAAUUAAAUAUUUCUUCUUCUCUAAUUGAUCUUGAUUCAGAAAUUCCGAAUUCUUCUUCAUCAAAAUUACCUGUUAAAGAAAAAAAAUUAGAAAUAAUUUCAGUACUACAUAAAACUAUAUUACCAUUAAAAAUUGAAAUUCCAUCAACUGAAAAUUCAACUGAACAAUCAAUUAUUAAAAAUAAUAAUUUUGAAAAUUUAAAAAAUACAGAUAAUUUAUCAUUAUCAGCACCAUCAACAGUAUUAUGUAAUAAAAAAAUUAAAAAAAUAUUUCAUUCUGAUUCAUUUGAUGAUAAAAAUUUAUCUAUAAAAAAAGGUAAAAUUUCAAAAAAAGUAACACGUACAGAAACAGUUAUAUACAAAGGACCAUUAAAAGAAAAUAAUGAUAAAUUAAAAAAAAUAAAAUCAUUAACUCCAUCAAGUCCAAAAAUAAUAAUAGCACCACCAUCAGAAAAAGAAUCACAGGUAUCAUCAAUAAAAAGUGAUUGUCAUUUACGUGUACCAAUUGGUGAUUCAAAAGAAGUUAAUAUUCAUAGUCCAAGUACAUUUGAAGACAAAGAAACACCAGAAUUUUCAUUACCAAAUAAAUACUCAAUGGAAGCACAAAUUAUGAGUGAAAGAUUUAAACGUAAAUAUCGUCAACAUUGUAUGCUAGAUUUAAUACGUACAAUUGAUGCUAAAAUGAUGGUACAUCAUAUGCACAAUAAUCGUAAAGAUUCAAAGAAAAAACGUCAUGAUAAAAAUCAUAUUAAUUUAACACCAUCACCAGAAUCAAUUAAUCGUAUACGACAUAGACGUAAUUCACGUUCAAAAUCACCUGAAAAACAACAUCAUCAUAGUCAUCAUAAUCAUUCACAUCAUAAUCAUCAAUUACCAUUGUCAUCUUCAUCAUCAUCACCACUACCACAUACAUUAACAACAAAUUCAAAUAACUUUACAAUAAAUAAUAAUAAUAAUAUUGAUAAUUUUAAUAGAGAAAAUAAUAAUUUUAAAGAAAAUUUAAAUAUUGAUAUGGCUGUAUAUAAAAGUCACAGUGAUAGUAAUUUAGAUGAUUUGCGUGAUAAAUUAUUAUCAACUAAUAUUACUAACAAUGCUAAUAAUACUGACGAUAUGUGUGUGCCUUGUCCUUUGAUAAUUCCCAGACAACAAGAGGAAGUUUCAGCAACUCCACCAACACAAGUAUUGCCUGGUUCAGUUGGUACUAAAUUACCAAAUUCACCUGGAAUUAAACAUGCAAUUCCAUUACACAGAAGAUCAAGUGAUUCUGAUCUUAGUAUAACUCCAAAAGGUAAUUCAUUGGCUGGAAGUGAUAGAUCAAUGGGAGGACAUAUGAGACCAUCAACAGCAAUUGUCAGAACAAUGAAUCAAGAUGCAUUGGAAAUGCUUGAAUAUCCAUUUCUUACAAUGCAACAAUAUCCACCUGGUUUUGUUUUAAAUUUAGGAGGUUUAGUUAGUGCACGAUCAGUUAAAUUAAUUGAAAGAAUAAGUAAUUUAGAAGAACCAGAGGGUCGUGAUGCUUGGUGGAAAGAAAUAAGAAUGGAAGUUAGAUCUCAUGCUCGUGCACUUGGUUGUAAUGUUGUUCUUGGUUAUACUGAAGAAAUUUCAAUUUGUGAUGAUGUAUGUGUAUUAAAUGCUUCUGGAACAGCUGCUGUAAUUAAUCUUUUAAAUACAGCAACAAAUCAAGAUCAAGAGAAUGUUGUUUUAAAAGCAGCUCAACAGCCACCAGUACCACCACCACCAUCAACAACAACAACAGAUUCAAUUGAUACAGAAAAAGAUAAUAAUAAUAAAAAUCAAAAAAUAACAAAUGAAACAAUAACAAUAAAUAAUAAUAGUAAAAGUGAAGAAAUACAAAUUUCACAAAAUCCAAAUGAACAUAUAAAAACUAAAAAAAUAAAUGAUUGUAAUGGUGAUAGUUAUGUAACAAUACAAAAUAAUUGUAAUUUAUGUCAUUUACCAUAUAAUGAAGCAAGUGUACCUUUUCGUGUUGAUGUAUCAAAAUGUGGUAUAUGUAAACGUGCUAAAGUACCAGAUGUAUUAUUUACAACAAUUGAAUUACCUGAUAAUUUACCAAUAACUGGACGUGGUGUAUUUAUACAAUCAACAAUAUGUAAAGUUAAACGUGAUUUACGUGGUGAAUUAAAUGCCAAAGAAAUAUCUGAUUGUUUACCAUUUUUAGAAUAUGAAUUACAUAGUUUAUUAUUAAAUAAAUUAAAAGUUAAAGGUAUGAAUGGUAUAUUUGGUCUUAAAAUACAAGUAUCAAUUGGUGAAAGGCUUAUUAUUGGUAUUGCUGUUGGUACUGCUGUAUUUUUAACAGCAUUACCAGCACCAUCAGUACCAAAAAUAUCAUCAAAUAAUUCAUGGAAUAAUAAUGAACAAAUUGUUGAUAUACAAAAAUUAUUAAUUGAUACUGUUAAAAAAAAUCGUGAAGAUUAUAAAUUAAUAACAUUAUCAGAUAUUGAUAAUAAUAUUAAACAACAAUCACAACAAACAACAUCUGAUACUGAUGAAUCAGAUGAUGAGUUACCAGAUCUUGAUCUUGGUUUAGGUACAAAAGAUGCAUGUGUACUUGAAGUUGAUGAUAUUGAAGAUUUAGAUAGAAUUAAUUUAUUAAUUGAUGAUAAAUCACCAGAUGAUUUUCAUGUUGUUAAUACACAAACAAUUCCUGGUUUAGAAGAUCUUGAAAUUGUUAGAAAUUUACAAAUGUUUACACAAAUAUCACGUGCUAAAAUUCCAAUGACACAAUUUGCAUCAAUGCCAUCAAAAUAUUUUUCUAGAAUAUUACAAACAAUAUUUUUUAAAUUACGAAGAAUGGUACCAUGUGCACUUUGUGAUUUACAAUUUAAAAUUGCAAUACCUGAACAAGAUGAAAUUCAAUUAACAGUUAUUGGUAUGGCACUUGGUCUUGGUGAGCCACAACGUAAAUAUAAAAAAUCAAAAAUUAUCAAUAAUAAUAAUGUUCCAUUAAAUAAAGAUCAAUAUAAAAAAAAUGAUGAUGAUAUGAUAUUUACACUUGAUGAGGAUCAAGUAGAGAAUUUUAAUGUAACUAAAAUUAAUUCUUCAAAUGCAUAUUUACAAAAUUCAUCACUAUUAACAAAUUAUAAUCAAAAAACAAGACCAAAAUCACCAUCAAAAUAUAAAAAUCAUUCAAUGCAUCAUCAUAAACACGUGCCUCUUAAAGAAAGAUACGGUGUUGAUAUAACACCAUUGUCUUAUUUACCCAGUGGAAGAAUUGAACGAUACUUGGGAAAUUUAAAUUUUUUUUUCAUUCGUGAAAGUACAUCUAUCAGAGAGAACGGUGGAUUGAGCGGAUUUACUCAUAGUUUUUUAAUGGAGGUAUUGGCAAUUGUACGUGCACAUGUUACAGCUCUUGGUGGUAAUGCUAUGGUUUCAUUUUUUAUGACACAAUGUGUCUUGCUUCAUAGUCCACAUAAAAAUCAGGUAUUCAAAUUUAUUAUUUAA